AUGGCCGCCCGCCUGCACCAUUUCCUCCUCCUCGCCGCGCUCCUCCUGUUGAUCGGACGCGGCGCCCCCUCCUCAGCUGGCGCGGCAGGGAACGGGAAGGUGCCCGUGGAGCUUUACUACGAGUCCCUGUGCCCCAGCUCAGCGCAGUUCGUGACGGACCGCCUCGCCGAAGCCUUGGAGGACGGCCUCCUGGAGGCCGCGGACGUGACUCUCGUCCCCUACGGCAACGCCAAGGUCGGCAAGGGCGGCACAAUCACAUGUGAGCAUGGCCCCGAGGAAUGCCUUCUCAACACGGUGGAGGCUUGCGCCAUCGACGCCUGGCCGGACGUGAAUGUGCAUUUCGGUUUCAUCAACUGCGUGGAGGGCCUCGUGAUGAACGAAAUACAGGGGGAGUGGGAGUCGUGCUUCCACAAACUGGGGCUCGAACCCAAGGCUGUCACGGAGUGCUACAAGAGUGAGCAUGGCCACAAGCUUUCACUCAAGUACGGGAAACAAACUGGUGCGCUUGUGCCUCCGCUCAACGGCGUCCCACAUGUGGUGGUAGAUGGCAAGCCACGCGAGGACCGGGAAUUCGUAUCUUACGUCUGCAAGGCAUACAAGGGACGUCCUCCCAAGAUUUGCCAUGAGCCGGACCGUCACUGUCCGACCGUGGUGGAGGCAGGCAACGGUGUCAGCUACAACCCCGCCGAUUUCAAGCUCGAAGACGGCGUUGAGGUGCCGCGGACUGAUGACAACUGA